AUGGCGUUGAAGAAAAACGGUAAUCAACAGGUAGAAACAGCCAACGAAGAACUUACUACUAAAAGUCAGGCAGAUAUAGUUAUUAACCCAACUAAUCAUGAAAACAUAAAGGCUGGUCAGAAUAGACUGUUUAUUGCUGCAAUAGAUAUCGGUACAACAUAUUCUGGUUAUGCAUAUUCAGCACGGCGUGAUGUUGAAAAAGAUCCUUCUAAUAUAUUCUGCCCUCAGUGGCGAGGUGACGAAGGUCUGUAUUAUAAGACAGCUACAGCUAUCGUGUUUGACGAACAUGGACAAUUUAGUAAAUUUGGUUUCGAAGCAGAAACAUAUUAUCAUGAAACAAUAGAGGACCAAGAUGAUAUUUUAGCAUGUUAUUUCUUCAACGACUUCAAGAUGCUUCUGUAUAAGAAAAAGAAUGACUUAAAUAAAGAUAUUGAUAUCACAGACAUAACUGGGAAGAAAAUGAAUGCGAUAAAAGUGUUUUCUGCUUCCAUUAGAUAUUUGAAGGAACAUCUCUUGGAUUCCUUACAUAAAAGUUUCGUUAGAGACAGUAAUAUUUCAAAUAAUGAUAUCCAUUGGGUUUUGACUGUGCCUGCCAUCUGGGAAAUGAAAGCUAAGCAGUUUAUGAGAGACGCAGCAGAAAUGGCUGGUAUUUUGCCAGACCAGCUUAGUCUAGCUUUGGAACCGGAAGCAGCAUCACUGUAUUGCCGCAAAGUACCCAUGAGUAUAAAAGAAAGUGAACUUAAAACGCUCACUUUGCUCGGGUCUGGUAAAUCUUAUGUUGUGUUAGAUCAAGGAGGUGGAACUUUGGAUGUAACUGGACAUCAAAUAGAGGAGGAUAAUUUUUUGAAAGAAAUAUUUCCUCCCAAUGGUGGCAGCUGGGGUGGAAAUAAUGUCAACUACGAAUUUGAAAAGUAUCUUGAAGAAAUGUUCACCAUCGAGGUAGUCCAUAAGGUGAAACGAGAAGAUCCAGUUGCUUAUUUCGACACAGUGAAACAAUUUGAAAGAAAGAAAAAAAGUUUCAAAUCUAAGUCAGAUGCAGAUGUUAUUUUCAAUGUUAGUCAGGCCUUUACAGAAGUGUAUAAUCAAAUACACAAAUCUGAUCUUCCAUCAGAAAUACGAAUAAAGCAUGGUAAAAUACGAAUUUCAGCUUUGCGAUUUGAAGCGUUUUUCGAUCAAUCAGUUCAGUCGAUCACAAGUCACUUGUCCGAAAUAUUCAAAAGUCCCAAACUACAAAAUGUAAAUAUUAUUUUAGCUGUUGGUGGAUUUUCAGAAUCAGAAAUUAUAAUCGACAGUAUAAGAGAACAUUUUCCGAAUAUGCAAAUAGUAGUUCCAAAAGAUCCUGGUUUAGCUGUUCUCAAAGGUGCCGUGCUCUUUGGUUUAGAACCAUUGUCUGUAAAGUCAAGAAUAUCAAGAUAUACUUACGGAAUAAAAAUUGAGAAAGAAAUGUCAGCUGAAGACGAUGAACGCUAUAGAACCUUACGGAAAAAUAGACAAAGUAGAAAAUUUGCUACUGAUGUUUUUGAAAAACUAGUCGAGAUUGGUGAAGAAAUCAAAGUUGGUGAAUGGCAACCAGCGACAGAAUAUGAUCCAAUAAACAAAGAUGAUAAGGAAGUAAAAAUAGAAUUUUAUGCAACAGAAGAGAAAGACCCUGUACACGUAACAGACCCAGGAUGCAUGAAACUUGGAACUUUGGAUGUUGAUCUAAAAGAACGCACUAGUUCGAACGGUGCAUUAAAAUUAGAAAUAAAUGCUGGCGGAACAGAAAUAAAAGCGGUUAUCACUGAUGAAAAUACUGGAAAAAAAUUUAAAGCUAAGUUUUGUUUGCCGUAACCAAUUAGCCUGAUAUUAUGUUACUAUGAAUGCCUAAAUCUAACUGAAUUCAUGAAUAGCUACUGAAGAAACCUUAACGAGCGUUUUAAUUUUGUUGAAUGCAUUUUAAAGAUUUCACAUUACAAACGCAUUAUGUACUUUAUAUGCAUGUAUAGUAAUGCAAUUAUUCUUAACA